AUGAUUAAACAAAUUUCAAUUGCUACCUUACUUUCUUUAGCUUCAACUAUUUCAGCCCAUAAUGUAGUUGAUUGUGUUGCUAAUGACAAAGUUGUCAAAAGUACUGAUGUUGAGAAUGGUGUCUGUUACUUUGAAUUACCAGACGAAUAUCAAGCCAAAUAUAGCUUCACUUCCGAUGAUGACUAUGACGUUAAAUUCUACUAUGCCACUGUGGGGGAUAGAAUCUUCUUUAGUGAUAUUAAGAAAUCUGGUACUACCAUUCCAGUCCCAGCCAGAUAUUUAGCUCAUACUGACGACGAAUUAGUGGUCUACUCAGUUGAAAGAAACGCUCAAAGCGAUGACAGUCGUCGUACUACUGAUUAUGAUAGUGAUGAUGAUGUUGAAGAUUAUUUCACUGACAAUGAUGACGAUGAAGAUACCGACGAUGACGAUGACGAUGACGAUGAUGACGAUGAUGACGAUGAUGACGCUGACGGUGAUGACACUGAUAAUGACCAUGAUACCGAAGGUGACCAUGAUCACAGCAAAAGAGAUUUAGGUGAUGUUUUGGAUAGACUUAAAGAGCAACAGGGUGAAGAAAUCAAUUCCGGAUACUUCAAAGUUCAAUCCGCCAGUGGAUCAUCAACUGUUGCUUCUACAGCUACUACCACCGGCUCAAGUAGUGGAUCUAGUAGUACUUCAAGCACUUCUGGAAGUAGCUCUAGAUCAUCUAGUGGAUCAUCAACUGUCACAUCAACAGGGUCAUCAACUGGAUCAUCUACCAGAUCAUCAGAUUCAACCACCUUAUCUUCAACUGCCACUUCACAAUCAACUAGUUCUUCUUCAGACAGCUCAAGUUCUACUUCAGAAGAAAAUGCCGGUCACAAAUUAGAAGGUUCAUUGAUGGCAGCUGCCUUCAUUGGAUUAUCUGCUCUUCUUUGA